AAUCGAUUCUUUAACAAAUUUUCAGAAGUUAUGGCGGAUCUCACAGCGUUGAUUGCGAUUAUCAGAGACUGGUACUCGGCGAGUGUUCAGAGAAGACAAAUGAUUGAGAACUCACAUAUCAUCCCUUCAUCAGAAUUCAAUAUUUUUCGAUCAGCACGGAUGGCUGGUGAUGACGUUCCAUCGACUUCUGGAGCUCCUCCAGGAAGCUCGUCAGCUCCAACGCCUGCUGGAAACCAAGUAGCUCCGAUGCCUGCAACUCGUCCUAGAGAAGCUGAAUCACAAAACGCAGCACAACCCGGACUGAGUACACAAAUUUGGCGAGCGAUAUGUCCAUUGUGCGGUAGUAAUCGAGUUUCCAACACAGAGGAAAACACUAAUGUCCCGGUUACCGGUAACGUCACCCCCAGAGAUGUGCAAACUGAUCAACCAGUCGCUGAUCUGCAAUCCCCUCCGCUAUCCCCGUCGUCGUCAGUAGAGCAAUCCGGUUCACUUCCUCCUUUACCUGAAUCUCCUGCGUCACAGGCGAAUCGAGAAUCAACAUCAGCUCAACCGAGACUAGAUCAAAUACCCGAAGAUCCUUCCGAAGCUUCCAUGGCCAAUCAAACUCCGUCUGAACAGAGUUCUAGAGAUCGAGACUCGCAGUGCUCCUGCCCAAGUCGUGCUCCUGUCGAGGACCCUGUGGCAUCUUUUGAAUUGAAUGAUAAAGAUAGCAUCUCAAUCCCUUCAGACUCUGGAGCUUCGCUUAGAACAGGAUCCGCAGGUUCCGGAGGAGAGCCUGAAGUUCCACUGGCUCAAAACAACCCGGAAGCAAGAGGAAGAAGAGAGUGGCUGCAACAUCAAAACGCUGUUGGUUCAGGCGACACACCAAGCACGAGACCAUCAACUGCGGAAAAUAACUCUGACCACGGUGAAGGACCUUCGGAGCCACAAAAUCGUCCUCCAAGUCGACCUGAAGACGACGACGACGACAGUAAUAAGCCAUCAACCUCAGGCUUUAUUCGUAAGGGAAAGUCACUGAGCCGUCAAAUGAAAGUCUCUGUGGCUCAUUUUUGGAAUGAAUAUAAGACCGUUUAUCCAUCUGAACGCCUUCCUGCACCAACCACCUCGCCUGGAAGCCCAAAAAUCAACGACGGAAAAGAGUGCUGGCUGGACUCGUUCAAGAACCGAACUAUUGAGCAAGACUUGUUCACUUUUUGAAAACUCAACUAUCCUAUGUAAUAUUUAUUUGGACUUAUAUAAUUAAUUAACCUGUAGAUUUUCGAUUAUGUACUCACCUUAUCCUAUUAUUUGCAUAAUUUGACUAGAGUCACAUGUAAUGGGUCUAAUUGUGAUAAAUAACAUUUCUUGCGAGUAUGAACUUUGUAUUAUU